UGUUGUCAACCAAUUCCUAUCCCGAGUGUCUGACCCGCGGUGGACGAGUUGGGGUGUGUCUGCGAACGAAGAGAGCGUACGUUUCAGACACCGUGUAGGUUACACAACAUGACUUAAACGUAGAAUAAAAUUCUGCAAAAUCAUAAAUUGACACGACUCAAGACACGUGUUUGUUCGCCAGUUCGGAGAGAGAGCCUGCAACCAUGAAAAAAUCGAGCCCGGCAAAGCAGCAACCACCACCAGCUGAAGUCGCGGUGCCAGGGGACGAGGUUACCGUGCAACAACUAAACGAGCUUUUGUCAAACAGCAGCGGAUUUUACAGUUUACCAACACAGCAUUUCAACGAGGUCUUCCCUAGAAUAUACGUUGGUAACGCGUUCGUGGGCCAGAAUCUGAUGCGUCUGCAGAAGCUGGGCGUGACCCACAUCCUGAAUGUGGCGGAAGGCAACUCCUUUAUGCACGUCAACACCAAUGCAGAUUUUUACGCCGGCUCGGGCAUUACCUACCAUGGCAUCCAGGCCAAAGACAAGCCGCAGUUCAACCUCAGUAACUUUUUUGAGGAGGGGGCGGACUUUAUUGAGAAGGCUCUGGCACACAACAAUGGCAAAGGGAAGGUGUAUGUCCACUGCCGAGAGGGCUACAGCCGCUCGCCCACCAUUGUCAUCGCUUACCUCAUGCUGCGCCACAAGCUGGACGCCCGGGUGGCGGUCGCCACAGUGAGGCUCAAGAGAGCGAUCGGCCCCAAUGACGGCUUUCUGCGCCAGCUGUGUCAACUCAACGAGACGCUGGCGAAAGAGGGCAAGUUGAAUGAGGUGAUGCCAGUCAAGGUGGCCAAGUUGAAGACCAAAUAAGAGGGCGUGACUUAACGCCUUCGAAAGGCCUGUGCUUCCCUAAGAGCCAACCGGACUCAAUCCACCCCGGCCAGCAACACAUCACUCAGACACACAUGCAAACACGUACAUCCACAACCUGUAACAUGCAUAUACAUAUAGUGCUGUGAAAGUAUUUGCCCCCUUUCUAAUUUUCUCAACUUUUGUUUAUUUAUUUUUUAAUACUGAAUGUCAGCAGAGCUUCAACCUAAGAUUAGAUAAAGGGAACCGGAGUGAACAAAGUUAUACAACACCCAAUGCCCCUGUUUGGGACUUAACCUCUGCCUGCUCGGGCUUACCUUCCGUGACUUACCAAAUAUCCUAAAUCUACGAUCGGUCGUGAUACAAUGGGACUACUGAAUAAGCUCAGGCUUUCUAGGUCCGACUCCUAUAAUUGGUUCAGCCUACGACUCAUCUCCACAAGAUGUCAGAAUGAGUGACAACGGGUAUAGGAAUUGUGCCUACCUUGGUUUUGGUGCCGGCUCCUGUUUCACUGAUUCGGACUCUCUAUUUAGACUGUAAAUGAAGGUUGACCCUGCUUGCAGCGCCAGCUGUUAGGCUCUACAAUAGAGUAAAGCUCACAGAUGACUAGUAAAAGCUCAAACCAAGUGUAUUCACCCACUGGGUCACACAGCUGCAUAAGACUGUAGUGUUUCCUCCAGCACAAGUAUUUCUAACCUCCCCUUUAGGACGGAGUCUCCUUUUCCCUAAACAUCGUUGUUGGGCGGGAAAGUAAGUGAUCUGGGUAAUAAACAGUUCCUUCUCACUUCAUGUGACCUGACCUCGGCCCCCAUUUUCCCUCUCUAAUCCACAGCUAGCCACCCUUAUCAGUGACCGCAACCAUGCGAUUGCCUUUUCCCUCACUUAGUAACAUUCCAAGCUCCUGGCUCUUAUCCAACCUCCAUUGACCCUACCAUGUCCAUUCCUCCUACAUAUACCCAUUAACUUCUGGCGUAGCUUUAACAGACGGAUAACCUGACGUUCUCCUGUAGAACCUCAUGCCAACGGGUGAAGCGUGGCGGUGGUAAUGUGAUGGUUUAGGGAUGCUUUGCUGCCUCGGGACCUGGACGACUUGAUUUUUUUUUUAAAUAGAGGGAACCAUGAUUUCUACUUGAAUGUCAGGCCAGCCGUCUGUAAGCUGAAGCACAGCUGGGUCAAGCAGCAAGACCAUGAUCCAAAACGCACAAAGUGUCUAAAAAGCGACAUCUAAACUUUAGGAAUGAAUGGCCUAGUCAACGUCCACACCUAAUCCCAAUUUGAGACGACGUGACAGGACUUGAAAUGAGCAAUUCAUGCUUGAACUCCCAAAUGUCUCUGAGUUAAGGCAGUUCUGCAUGCACGAGUGGGUCAAAAUUCCUCCACAGCGAUGUGAGAGACUGAUCAACAACUACAGGAAGCAUUUGGUUGCGCACAUACGCUAUAGGUGGCACAACCAGUUAUUGAGUGUAAGGGUGCAACACAAGGGAAUUUUUUUUUUAAACUUUUUUUUUUUAAUUGUAUAAUUUAUUAGUAUACUCACGUAUUAGGUUUUGAAGAUCUGAUAACGUUCUGUAUCAAAAAUAGGCAAACGUUUUGAAAAUCAAAAAGGGGUUUUCACGGCACUACAUGCAUGCAUGUUGACGGUCACACACACUAACUCUCUCUCUGACACAAACUGUAUCUGUCACGCUUCUGUCCUCUCUGCCGGUAUCCUUGGGUACAUCUGUCCCAACAGCGGGGGAGUUAUGUUAGGCAGAGGAGAGAUGGAAGCCUUCUAACCAUGGCUCAGUGCUUUAACGUAUAUUCUGUCACCCUUCUUCUCUCUCUAUAUUCCAAUAACAUACAUGCCACUGCUAGUACAUACAGCCCCAAAGUUCUCCUAGUGUGAGGUUUUGACCUGACCAAUGAAGCAUUCCCUAGACCAUAGGUUUAGAACACUGGACAGCUCUCCCUGUGUGCCACUUUUGGAGCUCUGAGGUACAAAUAAUAGAUUAUAGCACAAUAUUUUCAUAGUAUCCCACUGCCAGGGGGCUGUCUGACUACAAUGAUGUCAUGACACCAACAAAAUGAUCCCUGACCAGUCUGGAAUGUUUUGACAUUUGGUCUAGUCCAGUGGUUCUCAAACUUUUUAUAGUCCCGUACCCCUUCAAACGUUCAACCUCCAGCUGCGUACCCCCUCUAGCACCAGGGUCAGCGCACUCUCAAAUGUAGUUUUUUUGUUGUUGCCAUCAUUGUAAGCCUGCCACACACUAUACGAUUUAUUAAACAUAAGAAUGAGUGAGUUUUUGUCACAACUCUGCUCGUGGGAAGUGACAAAGAGCUCUUAUAGGACCAGGGCAAUAAUAAUAAUGAAUAAUUUUGCUCUUUAACAUCUUACAUAUAAAAUAAAAUGGUUGUAUUUAUUUUAUUUUAAUUUUACCCCUUUUUCUCCCCAUUUUGUGGUAUCCAAUUGUUUAGAAUCUACUAUCUAUUAUAAAACCAGAUUUGUUCAUUGAAAAUUGUGAAUAACUCACCACAGGUUAAUGAGAAGAGUGUUCUUGAAAGGAUGCACUUAACUCUGCAAUGUUGGGUUGUAUUGGAGAGAGUCUGUCUUAAAUCCUUUUCCACACAGUCUGUAUUUAGUUUUCAUGCUAGUGAGAGCCGAGAAUACACUCUCACAUAGGUACGUGGUUGCAUAGGGCAUCAGUGUCUUAACAGUGUGAUUUGCCAAGGCAGGAUACUCUGAGCGCAGCCCAAUCCAGAAAUCUGGCAAUGGCUUCUGAUUUUAAAUUACAUUUUCACAAAACCACUUGUUGCUAUUUUGAGGCUCUCUUGUUCAGAUAUCUGUAAGUGGACUGGAGGCAGGGCAUGAAAGGAAUAAACUGGAUUCGGUAUCAGUUUCGGGAAAGUACCUGCGUAAUUGAGCACCCAACUGAGGUGCUUUGCUAUAUCACAUUUGACAUUGUCCGUGGCUUGAGUUCAUUUGCACACAGAAAAUCAUACAAUGAUGUAAAGACCUGUGUGUUGUCCUUGUUAAUGCAGACAGAGAAGAGCUCCAACUUCUUAAUCCUAGCCUCGAUUUUUGUCCCACACAUUGAAUAAAGUUCCUGUCAUCCUAGAUUGAGGCGAGGGGGUGGGGGAAUCGUCCAGAUAGGCCAGUCUUGAGAAACUCGUCAUCAUGCAAGCGGUCAGACAAGUGAAAAUUAUGGUCAGUUAAUUUUAAGCUCUUCUCUCAAUUAAAAAAAAGAAUAUGUCAAUACUUUGCCCCUGAUAACCAGCACACUUCUGUAUGUUGUAAAAGUGUAACAUGGUCGCUACCCAUGUCAUUGCUUAGUGCAGAAAAUACACGAGAGUUCAGGGUCCUUGCUUUAACAAAGUUAGCCAUUUUCACUGUAGUGUCCAAAACAUCUUUCAAGCUGUCAGGCAUUCCUUUAGCAGCAAGAGCCUCUUGGUGUAUGCUGCAGUGUACCCAAGGGGCUUCAGGAUCAACUGCUUGCACACGCGUUACCACUCCACUAUGUCUCCCUGUCUUGGUUUUUGCACCAUCCGUACAGAUACCAAAACAUCUUUACCACACGUCCAUUUGAUAUAACAAAAGUGUCCAGUACUUUAAAAAUAUCCUCUCCUGUUGUCCUGGUUUCCAGUGGUUUGCACCCCCCACCAUAAAUGUAACAGACUUAUACCAGGAGCUGUGCCAGGCCUGCCACAUCUGACUCAUCCAGCUGUAACUCACAGAAUUCACUGGCUUGUAUGCGAAGCAAUUGUUUCAAAACAUCUCCUGCCAUGUCACUGAUGCGUCGUGAAACAGUGUUUGAUGAAGGCAUUGACUGUAUAGUUUUUUUGGGGGGCCUUUUCCCCCAGCAUUGUCCCAGCCAUAUCCGUGGCAGCAGGAAGAAUGAAGUCCUCCACAAUAGUAUAGGGCUUGCAUGUCCUAGCCACUCAGUAGCUCACCAUAUAGGACACUACUAGCCCCUUCUUAUUAAUGGUAUAUGUUGCUUUUAUACAUGUCUUACUACUCAAGUCAUCUUAAUUCUUGCUCCAGAAACUCCUGUAGCUUACUUUUAAAAUUGGCAUGUUUUUUUGUUUCUAAAUGUCUGCGGAAGAGUAAAGGUUUCAUUGAGUUGUGAGAGUACUUUUGCACAUCACACACUGUGUGAGGAAAGGCACUACUCCCAAUAUGAGUGAACCCCAAAUCAAUGUUGUUCUCAUCGAUGGUCCAACAUCCCUGUCUGUUCGGUGCUUUCCCGGAGAAGGGGGCAGUAGCUCUUCGGCUGCAUCAGAAUUACAACUGCCAGUGUCCAUGCUAGCUGGACUACAACAUGUAGAAUUACUGAUGCUAGCUUUGGAUUUGCUCGUGGAAGCAGAACAACUUGUGUUGUCGACAGGUGCAGGUGUAGUACUGCUGGAAGUAGCAGUACUACCAGUAGAGCUGGAAUGUGUCUCUAUGGACACUGGCCUUUUUAAAUAAUUUAUUUUUUUACCCCCUUUUCUCCCCAAUUUCGUGGUAUCCAAUAGUAACUACUAACAAUCUUGUCUCAUUGCUACAACUCCCGUACGGGCUUGGGAGAGAAUUGGAAUUCCCUCAACGGUUAAUUAUUUGACUAGGCUACCUGUAAUUGACUUUAUUAUUUCGGUGGUUUAAUUAGAUUUUUAUGGCUACGUUGGAAAAUAUAAAUAUACUUUUUUUUAAUAUGAAUCACAUUUUUAUUUGGCGUACCCUCGACGGCAUUACGCGUACGUACCUCUGGGGGUACAUGUACCCCAGUUUGGGAAUACCUGGUCUAGACUUCCUGAUUGGGUGUGACAGCGAAGCACCUUGCCAUCACACCAGGAAGGGACACAUUUAGUGUUGGUUGAUAUUUGGUAUAUCAACAAAUCAUUCCAUAGAGACCUGAAAGGUCUGGUAUCAGACCAUGGUAUCAGCUAAAGGAAUACGCACUUACUGUGCCAGAGUUACCGCCUAUUAAUUCCAUAGUACACAUCCGUUCUGUCCGUCCCAUAGAUCUACAGUUCCGCUGUCGAUCAACGUCACUCACAGAAAUUCCAAUUGGCCCUUACAUGUUCACUGCCUUGCACCAAAAUAUGUGUAUGCUAAUGUUAUGCCUCUUGGCCUCAAUAUCUCAAUGCCCUACCAUCCUAUUAAAGUAUAUUGUAUGAUCGAAUCCAAGAUAUAAACGUCACCCCUCAGAUAUCCGCUGUUGCCUUUUGACUUGACGUCAUCUUAAAAAGUGAAAGACAGACAUUGGAUCCAGACAUUGAGUCCUAAUGACCAGCAUCACUCCAUUUUGGACAUGAGAGAACCCUAAAGAGGGUUCUAGAACCGUUUUGUUCACCCUGUUCGUCCCAUAUGUCAAAUCGGAUAACGCUCACCAUAGAGGUCUACUGACUUAUUGGUGCGUCCACAGAUGGAAGGAACAGAAGUGGGAUUAGUUCUAGGUUGCGUCAUCUCACACAGCACUAUCUAUUCCUCCUUUUUUAAUAUGAAUCAUGUAUAUACAUAUUUAAGCAAUGUGUCUAUAAUGUGUGGGUAUCAUUUAGUACAUGUAUUUAAUUGUUGUACUGUAUCAUUACUGUAGCUCUAUAAAUGAAUUGCCCCAUAAAUUCAACAUUUACACACUUAGUUUUUCUGUCCAACGUCAGAUCACUCAAUCCUCCCACCACUAACUCCUCUACAUUUCCCUUAUAUUCCCAUAUCUGUAUUUUAAAAGAUUAUUUCGGGCGAUUUUCUAUCUGUUUUGUUGAGGAUAUAAGAUGGAGUGAUUUGUAGAUCUAUUUUGAUUAGUAUCGAUUCUGUGACUCCAUGGUGCUAACUAAUAGGAUGCUCUCUAACUCUGAUGCUCUGACCCCAAGUUGCCUCAUAACACCAACCAUCAUUCACGCAUCACACACUACCAUUCAUAACCACCAUCACGCCAACACCGCAAACUUUUUAGUGACAGUCCAGACAUGUCUAACAUUCCUGUAUGAUCUGAAGACCUAGGAUUUCUACAACCUAACCUACUGUAGUUACUGAGACCCUUUUUGCCACCAACACAAACAUACAGUGUGCCAAGAUGUUCUGUUCCAAGCAACCUACAGAAGCUGGUUACAAGGCCUCUUUCUAUCAGGUCCAUACGUCUGUUUUCCUACUGAACAACGAUAGGCACUACAAUAGACACAUCUAAUAGUGUCUAUUGUAGAGCCUACCAUUUUUUUCCCCAAACCGUAUUGAUUACCAUUUUUUAAAGGUUCAGUUAUUCAACCCAUUGGGAGAAUUUCUGGCUAUUGGUCUAAGAUGAGGGUAAAAAAAAAAAAAAUUCAGCAUUAACUGCCUGCCUACAGUUUACAGAUUGAGUACCCAUUUUUACCACAAAUGAGGUAAAAUGGUUAACUUUAUAACAAACAAGGGGUUGUAAAAUACAUUGAACCAGCUCCAUAGGUCAGCAUCAAACACACCCUUCUGUUAGUGUUGAAGGAUAAACACUGCCCCCUGCUGUUUAAAAUGUUUCCAGUGUUUUUUUUUGCACAAUUUAUUCAGUUAUUGAAUGCCAUUAAGCUGACACUUUAUUUAUUUGCAAAUUAUCAUUAGUCCUGGUUUUCUGUCUAUUAUACAGUUGUACGUAUUGUGAAACAUGGACUGACCUGGGACUAUUUUUCUUGUCUGUUUUGAAUAACGUGUGCCAUGAAAUGUAAUUUAUGUGCUGUAUAUUCACUCUUGAAUAUAAUAUACAAUUGAAAGAUUAAUGUAACAUCUCUGUGCAUAUGGUUUUACUAUGUGAUGUGUUAAGAAUGUGAUAUUACUCUACUGUAUAUUACGAUAUGAGAGAGAUCUAAGUUACAGUAAUUGCGCUCUGGCUAUUGUGAGUCACUGUAUUUUACAAUCACAAAAGGUAUUUAAUCAGCCCUAUAGUAAUAUAUCAUUGUGUACCAGUAUGCUGUUUCUAGUUAUUUCUCUAUACUAAUAAAUGCUGCUGUUUUCAUUACUCUGAAACACUUUAUAUUCCGGCAACCAGUCUUCCCUAAGUCACUCUUCACUUUCACUGAAUGUCUUUUUAUGUUUCCAGCCCAAACUGAUUUACCUUGGGUUUCAGACAGACCUAAAUGUCACUUGACUUUUUCCUACUCCAUGUUGCCAUCGGUGACAUCCGUGCCCCCUCCAUUCCUUUCAGGCAUUACGGAGUAGUUGGAGAUUUGGCACAAAUGACCCCCCACACUGCCUGGCUUCCACACCCCAGUUAUCCUCUCACGUUCUCACAACGUUACAUUCGUGUAGUAUUGGUUUGUUGGGUUAAUUUCCUUUUCAUACUAGCGGUUAGCGGGCACUGCCUGGAGAAGGCACAGGAAACUCAUCACAGGAAUUGCAUCAUGACGGUAAUGACACCGACUCCCACCCAAAAGCCUUACACUGGAGAUGUGCUUUCUUCACACCGUUUGGAAGGACAGCACCUUUGCAGAUGGAGAUGACUGCUGGUUGAAGUGCACUUGAUUUUGAAUUGCUCUUGAUUUUGAAUUGCUAUGUUCUUUUUCUGACCUGUUUUUAAAGUGUUAUGUUGAACAAUAAAUGGCUACGAUGUUAA